AUGCUUUCUUGUCCCUUUAGCUGUAAAUCACAAGGGUAUUCCCCUACGGAAUUCAUUCAUCACUUGGACACACCUCAUGAUAUCCCUUUGGCUGCUUUGAGUUCAAAUGCUUUUUUAUGCGCUCCCGAAGUCUUCUCUCAUUUAGAAGCUAAUAGAUCUUUUGCACAGAAUCCAAAAGAGCUUCUUGAAAACUCACAAGCGGACGCCUUAAAGCGUGUCUUAAAAGUCCAACAAAAGGAAAGAGCAGCCGGAAAGGAAAAAUUAUUUCAAUGUCUCUUUUGUGGGUCAAAACAUUUAUACACACGUGAAGAAUGGUUCGAACAUAGCUUUGACGUUCAUGAACUCAACAUUGGAUUAUCGGAUAACGUUGUUUAUUUUGACUUGUUUCUAAGCAAAAUGAAAAAAGAAUUAAAGGAAGUUCGCUGUCUUUUUUGUUCUGCGUCUUUUCCAAACGCUGACAUCCUUUAUGAUCACAUGUACAGAAAGCGACAUUUCAGAUUGAAUUCAAAGUCGUCCAAAUAUGAUGAGCACUACAUCGUAAAUUAUGCUUCCAUUAUAAAACCCUUUGCUUCUUCCAGUGCCGACAAAUUCCUGGCUGACGAAAAUGACUCAGAAACUGUAUCUGAUAUAAACGAUGAGGACGCAGAACCAAUUAUCGCUAAAUGUGUAUUUUGUGAGGAACGAUUAGAACCCGAGGAAUGCUUUCGACAUUGCAAAACAAUCCAUAACUGGGAUCUAUUCUCUAUUCGAAAGCUAUACCAUUUGGACAUUUAUGGUACAAUCCGCGUUAUUAAUUAUGCUAGAGCUACUCAGUCAAAAGACAUCCCUAAGAAAAACGAUCCUUUUUGGACUGAAUCUAUAUGGCUCAUUCCAGUCUUGGAAGAUGAUGCAUUAAUAAUUUCUCUCGAUGAAUCUGCAGAAGAUACAUGA